AAUUUCCAAAUUGUCACACAUUACAUUUUCUCUUUUUUAAGUCAUAUUCUGUGUCUUCCUUUUUGUUUCUAUUCAGAGAAGAACAUUGAAUCUCCUUUGAUCUUCCAAUUUUCACAGAAUAUCUCUAUCCUUUGAAAAUAAAAUGGUUACCCACGCUCUUCCUUUUGUACACUGUAUCUGGAUGCCUUCUGUUUCCGUGUAUUUCUGACUUGUAAAUCAAAAGCAACCCCAUAUUUUGAUUACUUUCAACCAAUAAAUCUCUCUUCCCUUGCUUUGCUUUUCACGUUUGAAUUCUUUUCCUUGCUUUAUUCUCCUUUCUCACAUCAUCAUCAUACCUUGAAGUCCACCUUGAUUUUUGUUUCCCUCUUCAAUUUUCCUAAUUGGUGGGAACUGUGUCUAUGUGUUCUAAAAUAGUUCCCCCUCGUUUCUCUUUUUCCCAUGAUGUCGUCUCUGAGCUACAAAAGCAACAAGAUGUUCCACGCAAAGACACAAUGCUUCUUGAGUCAAAUCAUGACUUUGAGUUCAGCACUAGCAGAAGAAGCCUUGAGUUUGAAUCAUCUUCUGCAGAUGAGCUUUUCUCCAAUGGGGUGAUCGUUCCCAUUCAGAUGCAGAAAAAGAGAAACACUACUAGGAAACACACCCUUUAUGGAGAAGCUCCAUAUACGAGACUUCCUCCACUUCCUUCUAGUGUUGACAAAAUAAAGAAAGAGAGCACUAGAGAAGUUCUACAUGAUAAGAAAACUUACUCCACAUCUUUCUGGGGUUUCAGUAGAAGCAAAAGUCUCAGUUGUGAUACAAAGAAAAGUUUGAUGUGUUAUUCACCUCCUUUGUCAAGGAGCAAUUCAGCUGGUUCAGUGCCACAGCCAAAGAGAGUGAGUUCAACCAGGCAUCAAGCUAAGCCACUAUCAUCUUCAAGCUCUUCUACCUUAAAUUUGUAUCCUAUACAAAGGUCUCAUUCAAGUAAGAGUUAUGGAGGAUCUUAUGCCAAUGGUCUUUGGAUUAGUCCUGUUUUGAACCUACCAACUCCUUGCAUUUCUAAAGGAAGUGGUACUAGUCUCUUCGGGUUGGGUUCUUUUUUACGUGUUGGGAAGGCCAAGAAAAGCAACAAAUGAUUUGAUCAUGUCAUGGAUUAAUUGUUAAUUUUGCUUGGCUUGUCAAAUUCGUCAUUGUUUACUCUGAUCAGUGAUCAAUAGAGGUUAAUUAGCAUGGUACAAAAUGAAGUUGAUUAUGUUUAUGCCAAGCUAAUUAUUCGGAGGGAUAAAAAAAAUCUUUGAUGGUCCUGCAGAUAAUAGGGUACAAGCUUGUUGGGCAGAACAAUGGGAAUCUGUCCAUUUUUAAUGCUUUGUCCCAUCUUGUUUUCUGUGAUGAAUCCUCCAAUAAAUGGAAGCUUUUGUGGUUAGUGCUUGUUUAGAUUAACCCUUAUUUAUUUAUGAGAAAUGCUCUUUUGUUCAA